AUGUCGCCGCCGGAGGUGAAGUUCACGCAGUUAUUUAUCAAUAACGAGUACGUAAACAGCUCUACGGGAAAGAAGUUCAAGACUAUCAACCCGACCACCGAGGAAGUGAUUUGUGAAGUACACGAACCUAGUGAUGCAGAUAUCAAUAAGGCAGUUGCAGCGGCCAAAGCUGCUUUCCGGCGCGGUUCUGCUUGGCGUACAAUGGACGCAUCUGCACGAGGUCGUCUGCUCUAUAAACUGGCAGAUUUGAUUGAGAAGAACGCGGAUUAUAUUGCGCGUUUAGAGGCUCUAGACAACGGGAAAGCUGUUCAUUCCGCUUUGGGCGAUGUGGGAUUUGCGGUUCAGGUAACUCGCUACUACGCUGGUUAUGCGGACAAAAUCAAUGGAAAACUUCUGCCAGCCGAUGGACCAGUGGUCACUUUUACCCGUCAGGAGCCUGCCGGGGUUGUAGUGGGAAUCACCCCGUGGAACUAUCCGUUCUUCCUAGGCGUUUUAAAACUGGCUCCCAGUUUGUGUGCAGGUUGCACAUUAGUUCUGAAACCAGCCGAGCAGACUCCAUUGUCUACUAUUUAUUUGGGCAGUCUCGUCCGUGAAGCUGGUGAUACAGAAGUCGGCCAGCUCAUCAUGAAAGCUGCAGCGUCCAAUGUGAAACACGUGAAGUUGGAACUGGGCGGAAAAUCUCCUCUUAUCAUCUUUGCUGAUGCGGACUUCGAGGCAGCUGCACAAGCUGCACAUGAAGCAACGAUGGUCAACCACGGACAAUGUUGUGUUGCGGGUAGUCGAACGUUUGUGGAGGGUCCAAUCUACGACAAGAUGGUUCAGCGCUUGAAGGAAUUGGCUGAGGCUCGGAAAGUUGGCGAUCCAUUUGCCGGGGACACUGUGCAAGGUCCUCAAGUGGAUGACGUCCAGUUCAAACGAGUGAUGUCAUACAUUGAGUCGGGCAAAAAAGAGGGUGCUCGUCUGGUUACUGGCGGUGACCGUAUCGGACAGAAAGGUUACUUUAUCCGACCAACAGUGUUUGCUGAUGUGACUGAUGAGAUGACCAUUGCCAAGGAAGAGAUCUUCGGUCCAGUUCAAUCGAUCUUACGGUUUGAUACAUUUGAAGAGGUAGUUGAGCGUGCGAAUGCCACCCACUACGGGCUUGGUGCUGGUGUGUUCACCUCGGAUAUGGACAAAGCGAUGCGUUUGUCGCAAGUGAUUGAGGCGGGUAGUUUCUGGAUCAACUGUUACAAUUUGGCCGCCGCUCAAACGCCAUUCGGUGGUUACAAGAUGUCCGGUAUUGGAAAAGAGCUGUGA